CUGUUUGGGGUCAGUAUGAUCAUUCCCCUGCUGAGUCAUCAUGUCAAGUCACUGGGGGCCAGUCCUACUGCGGCUGGAAUUGUGGGAUCCACUUACGGGGUCUUACAGCUCUUCUCUAGUACAAUAGUUGGCAGUUGGAGCGAUGUUGUAGGGAGGCGUUACUCACUGCUGACCUGUCUGCUCCUGAGUGCCUUUGGAUAUGGCCUCCUCGGCCUGUCCACCAGCAUCGCUCUCUUUGUGCUGGCACGGAUACCAGUGGGACUUUUCAAACAUUCCCUAUCCAUCUGUCGAGCACUUCUGUCAGACUUGGUGACAGAGACAGAGCGCCCCCUAGUGAUGGGCCGUUUUAACGCAGCCUCCAGUGUGGGCUUCAUCCUCGGUCCCGUGGUGGGCGGAUACCUGACUGAGCAUGAGGGCGGAUUCUACACGUCCUCAUUCAUCUGUGCAGCCAUAUUCCUUCUCAACGCAGGGCUGGUCUGGAUGUUGCCAUGGAGUGAAACACUAAACCACCGCAUGGAUGCUAACGCUAACAGCAAUUCCAGCAGCGCUAAAGACUGUACCUUGCUGAACAACACCCACAACUGUUCGGACGGAAACCAUCAUCAUCAUCAGCGGAACGCCCUUCCCACCUUAGCCAACGGAUCGGCCAAAGCUCCGCGUUGGAGAUGGGUCCAAGGGGACGUGUCCUUCCUGCAGCCUGUCUGGAGGCAGUUGUCUUCCAUGGGAAAACAGAUCCGCAUGGUGGCGGGCUCAGACAUGUGGGACGUGUUCUUGGUGCGUCUGCUCAUGGCUGUGGCCAUCAUGCUUUAUUACAGCAACUUCUCCUUGGCCAUGGAAGAACGCUUUGCCCUUAAGCCCAAGCUAACAGGCUACCUCAUCAGCUACAGCAGCACACUGGGAGCCCUGGCCGGCUGUUUGGUGGGUCCCGUCACUCAUCUCUACGGCAACAAGAUCUCGGCGCUGUUGCUCCACUCCACCGUGCUCACGUGCACGCUCAUCUUCUUGUACGCCACCGCGCCCAACGUCUGGCAGGUUCUCCUCACCUCCACUUUCUUCGCCAUCUCCACCACCAUCGGACGUACGUGUAUCACCGACCUGGAGCUGCGCCGAGGGGGGGCCCAGGCCAGUGGGACCCUGAUAGGGGCAGGGCAGUCGGUCACUGCAGUGGGGCGAGUAUUGGCGCCCCUCCUCUCAGGACUAGCUCAGGAGGUCAGCCCGUGUGGACCACCGAGCCUGGGCGUGGUCCUCGCCCUCGCGGCUGUGGGUCUGCUACUCCUCAGGAUACCCAAGUGGGACAGCAAAGGCCCCAAACAGUGA